GUUUGAUUUGGUCUUCUUCUGACAACCGAGUUUUAAUUUUAUAGUCGGAAUAAACUGACUUUACACUAAAUACGAUGAUCUUAUUGGUGGGAUUUAGUUUACUUAAUUGAAUAAAAUCUCUUAACCUCUAACAAACAAACAAAUAUUCUCUCACACUGUAAAACUCAAUCCCGUUUGAUGCUGUGAGAAUCAAACACUUCAGCCAAAUCAAAAUUCGAUCACACGGCGAUGGAGAAUCGUACCGGUUUAACCUACAUGAACCGGAAAUUAAGCGGUUUAAGCGUAACCGACGAUUCCUCUUCCGCGUUCAGCGACUGUAACAGCGACAGAUCCGGCGAGUUUCCACCGUCUUCCUCCGAGAACCGCCGUCUCUUCCUCUACCGCGCAGCUGAGAAUCCCGACGAUUUGAUCCGUUACCUCGUAUCGCAUCUCGACUCUUCCUCCUCCUCCAUCGACGAGCAGAAGCAAGCCGCCAUGGAGAUCAGGCUCUUAACCAAAGACAAACCGGAGAACCGGAUCAAACUCGCCAGAGCCGGCGCGAUCAAACCGUUGAUCUCUCUCGUCUCUUCCUCCGAUCCUCAGCUUCAGGAGCACGGCGUCACCGCUGUGCUGAACCUCUCCCUCUGCGACGAGAACAAGGAGCUGAUCGCUUCCUCCGGCGCGAUUAAACCGCUCGUUAGGGUUUUGAAAUCGGGAACGCCGACGGCGAAAGAGAACGCCGCCUGCGCUCUCCUCCGCCUAUCGCAGAUCGAAGACAACAAGAUCGCGAUCGGGAGAUCCGGAGCGAUUCCUCACUUGGUGAACCUUCUGGAAACCGGCGGGUUCAGGGGGAAGAAGGACGCGGCGACGGCUCUUUACUCGCUCUGCUCGGCCAAGGAGAACAAGACCAGGGCCGUGGAAUCGGGAGUUAUGAAGCCGCUCGUGGAGCUGAUGGCGGAUUUCGAUUCGAACAUGGUGGAUAAAUCGGCGUACGUGAUGAAUCUGCUGAUGUCGGCGCCGGAGUCGAAGCCGGCGGUGGUGGAGGAAGGAGGAGUUCCGGUGCUUGUGGAGAUAGUGGAGGUGGGAACGCAGAGGCAGAAGGAGAUGGGCGUGUCGAUAUUGCUGCAGCUUUGUGAGGAGAGUGUGGUGUAUCGAACCAUGGUGGCGCGAGAAGGUGCGAUUGCUCCUGUGGUGGCUUUGUCGCAGAGUAGUAAGAGUCGAGCUAAGCUAAAGGCGGAGGCGUUGAUUGAGCUUCUAAGACAACCAAGACAACAACAACAACAACAACAACGGUUAGAUUCUAACAGAAGCUAGAAUGUGUGUGACUGAAGAUCUUUGGUAUUGUAAAAUAUCUUUCGAAUGGCAUUCCACAUUUUUGUGAAUAGUGUGAGCGGGUGUGUAUACAGAUGCUUGAUUUGAGCUUUAAUUAAUGGGCCUAUAUAGACCCAUCUCACGUGCUUUAUCAAUUAAUGGACGGGCUUAGUUUGUAUUUUGA